UGAAUGUGCUUGCAAGCAUGCAACCUAAAUCAAAGGGAGACGUUUAACGUUAGCUAGCUGGUUAAUGUUACCUUGACAGCACGUAUGGCGUUUUGUAGCUAGCUAACGUUAGCCAUCUGAUAUUCUAAAAGGCCCUCAGCUACCAUAUCACAGACACGAUGCUGCCUACUGUCUUCUACUUAAUAAAUAACAUCCCUGUCUCAAGACCUGUCAACACCUACAUCGAGCAUCAACUCGCUACAUCUCUCCUGGGUGCAGUCCGGCCAAGAAAAUAAUGUCCCACAGUUGAAGAUGGGCGGGAGUGGCUCCAAAACCAAAGGUUAUUGGCCUUUUGCAGGUUCAGGCAGUGGUGAUGGUGAUCCAACCAAAGAGGGAGUCGACGAACAGUCGCUGGCAAGACUCCGAAGUUUCCGAAAUGGGACGCCCUUCGUGUUUACCAGAUGGAGCUCCCUGUACUUUGACGAGGAUGGAGACCUGGCCCACGAGUUCUACGAGGAGACAGUUGUGAUGAAGAAUGGCCGUAAGAGGGCCAAACUGAAGAAGAUCCAGAAAAACCUCAUACCUCAGGGAACCGUAAAGCUGGAUCACCCCUGCAUCCAUGUGGAUUUCCCGGUCGUUCUCUGUGAGGUUUGAGGGAGCCUGGUUCCAUGUUCUGAGACCAGACUCAGACUAGCCACUGUCAACUCGGUCCCUUUGUUUCCCCCUCCACCUAUACUUUACCCUGAAGCACUCAACCUACCCUCCUCUAAUUCGCCAUGGUCUCCCCGUGAUGAUGUUUUGCCGGGGUGCCCUGACCUGUGAGGACAGAUGUGCUGUUGCUCAACGCGUGUUGAGACUGCAUGACAUGCGGCUCUGUAAGGUGUGGCCCGUGUGCAGUCGCGCUACACACAGUAGUGAGUGGUCACUCACGGAGUCCCAUCAGUGAUGUCAGAGAAGAUGGAUGAUGAUGAAGACAUCGUUCUGCUCGCGUUACCCUCAUCCUAUUCAAUAUAUACAAUGCAGGUCCUGUGUGUGUGUGUGUGUGUGUGUGUGUAUUAGUGGAUAUGAAAUGUGACAAUGUGUCUCCUUGUCUGCCUGUCUCGCAUUAGUGUGCUCUGGUAGGAUGAUCCACUGUACUUUGUAAGGAGAAUGUAAGAGACCAAUUGACCCAUGGGCUGUUAAGUAGAGUAGUGUCUUUCAGAAUAGGCCGAGGUCCGAUAUCUUUAAACCCCUGGCCUAGAGGGAAUUUGCCAUCUGUACGGAGCAGCGAGGGGAACAGGUAUUAAGGGGUGAGAUUUUCCUUUACCUGUUCAGUCUUCAGAGCAUCCAAAGUAGAGUUGCAACAUUCCAGCAAUACAUUUCCUGUUUUUCCAGAAAUCCCUGUUGGAAGAUUCCCAGAAUCCCAUAAUCCUCCCCAACCAGGACUUCUCGAAAACCAGGGAAUUUAUUGAAAGUUCCUGGAAUUUUUAAACUACUUUGGAUGGGGUAAUGUCAGGCUUAACCCAUUAGGGCAACAUCCUGAGGUCCGGUAUAGGAACAUUUUAAUGGACAUUUUACGUCUAGUCCUCGGGGGGGCAAGUGGGGUGUCGCAUUUUUUCCCCCAUCGUUAGCAAACACUGCUGAUUUAAACAUUCUAAACUGAAGAUCAUAAUUAGUUGAUUAUUGGAGUCUGGUGUGUUAGCUGGGAAUAAUGUGUGACAUGAUCGGCGCUGAUUUUAAUGUGAUGUUUAAUUGACUGGCUGUGGAGGUCAAUCCUAAUCCUAAAUCGUCUGAGUUCGUGCUGAUCUAGGAUCAGUGUUAACCCUUUGAGAUUAUAGUCAAGCCUACGCCGAGCCGCUUUUUAAAUAUGGGUCCAAGCAUUGACUUGAGACUGGGAAAGUCCUGUUCCUUCGCUGCUUUGGGCGAUACAUUUAAUUGUUAAUUUAUUAUCUGUUAUACAAUGGCUUUGUUUUAAAAAAAUCACAACUCAAAA